UCUCAAACACCAUUGUCUUCUCCCUCUAUCUUCUUCUCCCUCUCGUCGUCUACAAUCAUUCAUCUCUCUACUGUAAAUCUAAAAGAAUAAAAAAAAAAAGCAUUACAAAAGCUCGUCUUGCAUAAUCUCUGAGCGCCUGCAACACACAGAUCUUCGACAGGUUCAUUGACGUGAGUAGUUUCAUAACUUACACACACGGAAAAGAAGAUUUGAGAGUUAUACAAAAUGUCUGGGUCAGCAAAAGUAUUGGAUCCUGCAUUUCAAGGAGCUGGACAGAAACCAGGGACUGAGAUCUGGAGAAUCGAGAAUUUUGAGGCGGUUCCAGUGCCAAAGACUGAACAUGGAAAGUUCUAUAUGGGAGACACUUACAUUAUCUUGCAGACAACACAGAACAAAGGAGGUGCUUAUCUGUUUGAUAUACAUUUCUGGAUUGGUAAAGAUACAAGUCAGGAUGAAUCUGGAACAGCAGCUGUUAAAACAGUUGAACUCGACGCAGUUCUUGGAGGCCGUGCUGUCCAACACCGGGAAAUUCAGGGUCAUGAAUCUGACAAGUUCUUGUCUUACUUCAAGCCAUGCAUUAUACCAUUAGAGGGCGGUGUUGCGUCUGGUUUCAAAACACCUGAAGAAGACAUGUUUGAGACACGGUUAUAUACCUGCAAAGGGAAACGUGCUAUCCGUUUGAAGCAGAUUCCUUUUGCCCGUUCAUCGCUGAAUCAUGAUGAUGUAUUUAUCUUGGACACCAAGGAAAAGAUCUAUCAGUUCAACGGUGCAAAUUCAAACAUCCAGGAGAGAGCCAAAGCUUUGGAAGUUGUUCAGUAUUUGAAAGACAAGUAUCACGAAGGAACUUGCGAUGUUGCUAUUGUUGAUGAUGGAAAAUUAGAUACAGAAUCAGAUUCUGGUGAGUUUUGGGUCCUCUUUGGUGGUUUUGCUCCAAUAGGAAGGAAAGUCGUUAAUGAUGAUGACAUUGUCCCGGAAUCAACUCCACCAAAGCUUUAUUGCAUCACUGAUGGUCAGAUGGAACCUAUAGAUGGCGAUCUAUCCAAAUCUAUGCUGGAAAACACUAAAUGCUACCUCUUGGACUGUGGUGCUGAGGUGUUUGUCUGGGUUGGUCGUGUAACUCAAAUGGAUGAGAGGAAAGCUGCUAAUCAAUCUGCUGAGGAGUUUCUUGCUAGUGAAAAUAGGCCAAAGGCAACACGAGUUACACGUGUUAUCCAAGGUUACGAGUCUCACUCUUUCAAGUCUAACUUUGACUCUUGGCCAUCAGGCUCGGCUCCCUCUGGUAACGAAGAAGGACGAGGAAAAGUUGCUGCUAUGCUGAAGCAACAAAAUGUUGGGCUCAAGGGCAUUUCGAAAAAUGCAGCACCAGUGAAUGAGGAUAUACCACCUCUGCUUGAAGCUGGUGGAAAGUUGGAUGUUUGGCUUGUUGAUGGUAAAGCCAAGAGUCCGUUACCUAAAGAAGAUAUUGGCAAGCUCUAUUCUGGGGACUGCUAUUUGGUCCUUUACACCUAUCAUUCUGGGGAUAGGAAAGAAGACUAUUUCUUGUGCUGUUGGUUUGGAAAGAAUAGUAUUCAGGAAGACCAAGAUACAGCACUUAGACUGGCGAAUACCAUGUCAAACUCGUUAAAGGGAAGACCUGUGCUGGGCCGUAUAUACGAGGGUAAAGAGCCUCCACAGUUUGUUGCCCUUUUUCAACCUAUGGUGAUCCUAAAGGGUGGUUUGAGCUCUGGGUACAAAAGCAACUUGGAAGAGAAAGCUUCACCAGAUGAAACCUACACACCAGAAUCAAUUGCACUAAUUCAAGUGUCUGGAACUGGAGUUCACAAUAACAAGGCGCUGCAAGUUGAACCGGUAGCAACAUCUUUGAACUCGUAUGAGUGCUUCUUACUGCAAUCGGGUACUUCUAUGUUCCUUUGGCAUGGAAAUCAAAGUGCGCAUGAGCUUCUAGACCUGGCUUCUAAAGUUGCUGAGUUCUUGAAGCCUGGGGUUACUCUCAAGCAUGCCAAAGAAGGAACAGAGAGCUCAACCUUUUGGUUUGCACUUGGAGGAAAGCAGAACUUCACCAGCAAGAAAGCUGCACCUGAGACUGUCAGGGAUCCUCAUUUAUUCUCAUUUUCAAUCAACAGAGAUUCUCUGCAACAGGUUGAAGAGAUCUACAACUUUGCUCAAGAUGACCUCUUGACUGAGGAUAUAUAUUUCCUUGACACUCAUGCUGAAGUUAUUGUCUGGGUUGGUCAAUGUGUGGACCCCAAGGAGAAGCAAACUGUGUUUGAGAUUGGCCAAAAAUACAUUGAUCGUGCUGGAUCAUUGGACGGCUUGUCUCCUAAAGUUCCACUUUACAAAAUCAACGAAGGGAAUGAACCAUGCUUCUUCACCACUUACUUUACUUGGGAUCACACUAAAUCUAUCGUGCAAGGAAACUCAUUCCAGAAAAAAGCAGCCAUGUUAUUUGGCACUCACCACGUUGUAGAGGAUAAGUCUAGCGGUGGUGGACCAAGGCAGAGGGCUGAGGCACUAGCUGCCUUAAAUUCUGCCUUUAAUUCUUCUUCUAGCAGACCUGCCUAUUCGAGCCAGGACAGAUCAAGCGGAAGUGGAGACGGUCCAAGACAAAGAGCUGAAGCUUUAGCCGCCUUGACAUCCGCGUUUAGUUCAUCAUCGACUAAAGCGCCUCCACCACCAAGGUCAGUGGGGACGAGUCAGGCUUCGCAGAGAGCAGCAGCAGUGGCUGCUCUCUCUCAAGUUCUUGUUGCUGAGAAUAAGAAGACACCUGAUACCUCUCCUACAAGAAGAUCUACUAGCUCCAACCCAGCAGAUGACUCUCAUCUAAAUGAUCAAGCAGAUGCUCCAGAAGAAGAGGAGGUAUCUUCUGCAGUAGAGGAGCCUGAAGCAAAGCAGGAGGAAACAGAAGAGCGAGAUGAAUCUGUGAUAGAACCAGGUGGAGCAACUUUCACCUAUGAACAGCUGAAAGCCAAUUCUGAGAACCCAGUGACUGGAAUUGAUUCCAAGUGCAGAGAGGCUUAUCUAUCUGAGGAAGAGUUCCAAAGUGUGUUUGGGAUGGAGAAAGAAGCAUUCAACAACUUACCACGUUGGAAGCAAGAUCUUCUUAAGAAGAAAUUCGACUUGUUCUAG